AUGGCUGAGAAGCUUGGACCAGCAGGGCUCAAGCCCACCAGCAUCCGAAACACUCCCUCACUGCCCCCCGAGCCCAUCGACAUCAUCCGCACCAAAGCCCGCUCCCGCAGAGUCCGCCUUAACGUCGGGGGUCUGAACCACGAGGUCCUGUGGCGGACCCUUGACCGGCUACCCAGGACCCGGCUCGGCAAGCUUCGAGACUGCAACACCCAUGAGUCCCUGAUGGAAGUGUGCGAUGACUACAGCCUGAAUGAAAAUGAGUACUUCUUUGACCGGCACCCGGGGGCUUUCACCUCUAUUCUGAACUUUUACCGCACAGGCAAGUUACACAUGAUGGAGGAGAUGUGUGCCCUUUCGUUUGGUCAGGAGUUAGACUACUGGGGGAUUGACGAGAUCUACCUGGAGUCCUGCUGCCAGGCCCGCUACCACCAGAAAAAAGAGCAGAUGAAUGAGGAGCUGCGGAGGGAGGCAGAGACAAUGAGGGAGAGGGAGGGAGAGAUAGAGUUUGAUAACACCUGCUGCCCAGACAAAAGGAAGAAGCUGUGGGAUCUCCUGGAGAAGCCCAGCUCCUCGGUGGCUGCCAAGGUGCUAGCCAUCAUAUCAAUCCUCUUCAUCGUCCUCUCCACCAUCGCUCUGUCUCUCAACACCUUACCAGAGCUCCAGGUCACAGAUGAGUACGGCCAGGCCAAUGACAACCCCCAGCUUGCCCACGUGGAGGCCGUGUGUAUCGCCUGGUUCACCAUGGAGUACCUCCUUCGCUUCCUCUCCUCUCCUAAUAAGUGGAAGUUCUUCAAAGGCCCGCUGAAUGUCAUUGACUUGCUGGCCAUCCUGCCCUACUAUGUCACCAUCUUCCUAACGGAGUCCAAUAAGAGCGUGCUACAGUUCCAAAAUGUGCGCCGAGUGGUGCAGAUUUUCAGGAUCAUGAGAAUAUUGAGGAUCCUGAAGUUAGCCAGGCACUCCACAGGGCUCCAGUCUUUAGGGUUUACUCUGAGAAGGAGCUACAAUGAGCUGGGGCUGCUUAUUCUAUUUCUUGCCAUGGGCAUCAUGAUAUUUUCCAGCUUAGUGUUCUUUGCUGAGAAAGAUGAAGAUGCCACCAAAUUCACUAGUAUCCCUGCCUCAUUCUGGUGGGCAACCAUUACAAUGACCACAGUGGGCUAUGGUGACAUUUACCCACAGACUUUGCUCGGAAAGAUUGUGGGUGGGCUCUGUUGCAUUGCAGGAGUGCUGGUGAUUGCCCUACCCAUCCCUAUUAUUGUCAACAACUUCUCUGAGUUCUAUAAGGAGCAGAAGAGGCAGGAGAAGGCCAUCAAGAGGAGGGAGGCACUGGAGAGAGCCAAGAGGAACGGCAGCAUUGUGUCAAUGAACCUAAAAGAUGCCUUUGCCCGCAGCAUGGAACUGGUGGAUGUGGUGGUAGAGAAAGGGGAGGACAAAACCUCCCUUGACAACCACCUGUCACCUAGCCGCUGGAGUGGGGCUAGGGGCUCUGAAAUCAACCUAAGGUCCCCUGAUAAAAGAAACACAGAGUCUCUGGCGCCGAGCUCCCCUCAUCGUAUAACCAUCACCACCACUGGAAGUCCACAGCGGACAAACAGGACCCCUCAGCACCUUAACGUUCAGAAACUGGAGGAGAUGUACAACCAGAUGACCAAGUCACAGUCCUUCACUAACCUCAACACUACAAGCUCCAUGAGCACUCUGAGCACAACUAUGACCACCCCUGCCUCACCGAAGAAAUCUCACAGCCCUGAAUUCACAUUAAAAGAGGAGGUGGAGCUGGAGAUGAAGGAAGUCCAACCAUCUUCACCAGAUAACUUUGCCAGCUGCUCAGCUGACCUUAGAAAACAGGGCUCCAACUCAGGUGAGGAAAAUGCUGGGUCUUGUCAAAUCAGACACCCCAAGGCACCACCAUCUCUUGAUCUUAGCCAAAUGAGGGCCGGCAAUGACCAGAGCUCUCCUGGCAUCAAACUCAAAGAUUGCCUCUAUGAAUCCGUCAACCCAGGUGACGGAUCAGAGCUCCAUAUAGAAGAAGGGGAGACCUUUAACAAUGCUGUGGAGAAUAUCCAGAGGUCUCUAAGAGGGAAUAACCCUCUUAAAAUAAAGGGGUUAAAGGUCAACUUCAACAAAACCUCUGCUGAAGGCCCGCUAACACCGCCCAGCACUACCUCUCCUGGAGACAUCAGCUCCAGCAUCCUGGAAGACGAGUCUCCGGAGGGAGAGACGUCACCGCUCAUGCGAAGUUCAGAUGAGCUGCUCCCAAUCUCAGAGGAAGAGACCUGCCCCUUGUCCCCUGAGAGGCUGGUGGUAGACACCCCACCCGGUGAUGAAGAUCAAUCCACAGAGAACCACGAGGAGAAGCAUCUGAUGGAGGUGGCAGGUGCUGCAGUUGCGCCCUUGUCGCCCAAGACAGCAGCACAAAAUUGCACCCAAGGUGUGGUUGGGGCAGGCGAGGAGGUCAAGGCUGACAGCAACCAAAGUGGACACAAAGUAGAGAACCACAUGUUUACAUCUGAUAUCCACCUGAUACCCGGGGAUGGCAGUCUUUCUCCGACCUGUGAAACCAGCAUGUGACUGUAAGGGAAGCUUUUAGGGACAAUAGACCCACUGCAACCUCAGCCUGGUGUGUGGGAGAGCAGCAAGAAAGGACAAGGGUGCAGUUGUAGUGAAAGAUAUUUUUGCAUGGCAUGACAAGUCCCUUUUACUUGUGUUGUUGUGUAUUGCUGAAAAAGAAACUGCAGUAUUUCGUGCAGAUUCAAGAAUGACUUCGGGACUAACAGUGGGCUCAAAGAGGAGGCUCUUUAAAAACAGAGGGAAUUCAUCAACUAAUGUAGACAUUUUGGUCCCCCCAAUGUACAUAAUGACAGUCUCCUUUUUCUAG